GUGAACUGAGCAGGACUGUUGAGGGUCAUGGAUUUUCCAGGGCACUUUGAACAAGUCUUCCAACAGCUGAACUAUCAGCGGCUUCAUGGCCAACUUUGCGACUGUGUGAUUGUCGUGGGGAACCGUCACUUUAAAGCCCACCGCUCUGUUCUCGCAGCCUGCAGCACCCAUUUCCGAGCGCUCUUCACCGUCCCGGAGAGCGACCAAUCCCUCAACAUGGUUCAGUUGGACAGCGAAGUGGUUACAGCAGAGGCCUUUGCUGCCCUUGUCGAAAUGAUGUAUACAUCUACUCUCAUGCUGGGAGAAAGUAAUGUCAUGGAUGUGUUACUGGCAGCAUCUCAUCUCCAUCUGAAUUCUGUAGUGAAGGCGUGCAAACACUACUUGACCACCAGGACUGUCCCUAUGUCUCCGACAAGUGAAAGAUUACAGGAACAGAAUGCUCGAAUGCAGAGAUCCUUUCUGCUUCAGCAGUUGGGUCUGAGUUUAGUAAGUUCUGCUCUUAGCUCCACUCAGACCAUGGACGAGCAAGUCAAUGUGAACUCCUCGCUUAGACAUCAUUUGGAAGAUCAGUCCACCACAUUCCCCUUGAGACGUCUCCAAAAGAGAAAGGCCAUCCCUGACGAGCGAUCCAAGCAGAGAAUGAGGCCUUCUGUGGAUGAGUCUCUUAUCACUGAAGGCACGUCGGACAGUGGACAGGCAGUGGUACACACUUGCGAGGAUUUGUUUGCACCAGACUCGCUGAAGUUGGGAGAUGGCUGUAAAACUAACGCAGUUGGUGAAAACCAUGAGGACAACACUAUCAUGUUUGAGCAAACCUUCAGCGCAGCCGACGAUAACCAGGUACCAAGUCAGUCAGACAACAGUGGAGUCAUCCUCUCACAAUCGAUCGCUUCGCAAGCAAAUCAGGUUGAAAAUGCUUUCAACCAGGACAAUCCAAUCGAAAAGUCAGAUUUUCACUCUGAGACCACAGAACUCCACCUGAAUGGAGGCGAGGUCCACGUUCGAGUCGUGGUGAAGGCUGAGCCACUGAGUUCGCCUGAGCCACAGGACGAGACGAGUGACGUGGCCUCCCAGGCCGAAGGUAGCGAGUUGGUUGAAGUGGAAGGGGGGAUCCCAAGCGCAGAGAAACUGGAGCUUAGCCCAGAGAGCAGUGACCGCAGUUUUUCUGAUCCUCAGUCUACCACUGACCGGGUCACCGAUAUGCACAUACUGGAGUCUACAAAUAACUCCGAUGCCAAAACUCCUUUUCACAUUUCCAGCUUCUUGAAUAAGAGCCGAACCAUUGGCUUCGGUGGCAAUCUGAGUGGUGAGGAUAACAUUCCAAACACAACCAGUGACGGCAGAAUGGAAAGCGAAGCCUCUUAUUUAAUGAGUCCAAUGUCGUCUAUGCCCACGAGUAACAGCUCCACAACCACCGCACCUCGAUUGGAGCAUCCAUUUCAUGACUCGCCUGACUCUCAUUUUAUGCGACCUAUGCAAGACAUGCUGAGUUUGCCGUGUGUGCAGCCUUCAGGGUACAAAGGAGGAGGAGGAGGAGAACCCUUCAGAUUAGACUUUCCCAGGCCUGGUUCCGGAUUACAUUCUCUGUCCAGGCAGUCUAUCAUUUCAUCGCGAGGAGGAGCCAGCAAUUUCCCAUCUUAUCGACGCAUCGCUCCUAAAAUGCCCAUCGUAACCUCUGUGAGCGAUGGAGGAUCUCUCUCCCAGGACAUUGGUUCCAGUUCCCAGGUGCGAUUGUUAAACAGCACCUCUUCCCCUUUUGAGAAUAAGCACUCUUUUCACUCAGCUGCUCCACAGCUGACUCGGGCGUCCGCAGACGUACUUUCGAAAUGCAAGAAAGCCAUGUCGGAGCAUAAUGUUCUGGUGGUGGAAGGUGCCCGUAAAUAUGCUUGUAAAAUUUGCUGCAAGACCUUUUUGACUCUAACAGAUUGUAAGAAGCACAUUCGCGUCCAUACAGGUGAAAAACCCUACGCCUGUUUAAAAUGUGGCAAACGGUUCAGUCAGUCCAGUCACUUGUACAAGCAUUCCAAAACCACCUGCUUGAGAUGGCACGGCAGCAGCCUGCCGAGUACUCUGCUGUAAGGUCGGACGUUCAGCUUGACUUCAGUUUAACGCCUUGGGGCGGUGACGAGUUUUAGAAUUGUGCGAUUGUGGCACGUGGCCGGUUUGUAGAAGACGAAAGGGAAAGAAAGCUGAACAUAGACAUUGGGACUGCUGAGUGACAGCUGUGUGAGUCAGGUGCUGACGACAACUGAUGUUUUGUAGUAUUUAGUAAAUGUACAUAACUGCACUUUUAUAUGCUCUUAAGCUAUUGCAUUUCUGUAGUUGCACACUAAUGCAAAUCUGCAAAGUGACAGUGCAGAAUUGUGUCCGUGUGUUGCCCAGAAAUUUUUGAAGUGUUUUCUCGAAGAGGUUUUAAAUCCAAACGUGCAAGGCAAGAAGUAAGGCAAUCUGAAAACAGUUAGGAUGCAAACCUAUCUCAACACUUGAAGAGGGCAGGAUAGCUAGUCUUCAUCUACUGUUGACUGAUGUUAUAAUCCACCAAACCAGUGUGCAGGAGAUCGGAGGUGCUUUAUUCUUAGAUAAAUCUCUUUCAGUCUGCAAAGAGUUUAGUACCAUUAACGUCGCCACAUGCUUAGCAGUUCUAAAUCCCAAAAGAGGUUCAACUGUGGAAUUUUACAUUGAAAGUUGCCGGGAUAAUGGCACAGAUCUUUCUCUAAGUCUCUCUCUCUGACAGCUAUAACCAAUCUGAAGUGAAGCAAAGUGAUUUUAGUUGUCUCAAACCAUUUCCCAAGGGGUUGAAAUUCACAGCACAACAUGGAUUGCCAUAACUUUCCACUACAUUGGCAAUCUCAUUGGUGUGAGAGAUUAAACUGGACAGGAAUGAAUUGUAGAGCGAUGCUCUUGGGUUGGAACAAUACAAACUAAGCUUUGUAUUGCACCCAAUGUUGUGUUAACAUGGAAGUGCUUGAUUGUGACACUUGAGUGCAAAAGUGCAAAUGUUUCCUCUUUCACGAAAAAAAAUCACCCAAGAUUUCAAACAAAUGAAUUACAGAUGGUGUACCAGGUUAAUCCAAUCGAUUCUAAAAAAUUAAAUUGUCUUCGAUAAUAGUAUAAUAGAAAAUCAGCCUAUGUGCAAUCACAAAGAAUUCAGGCUGCUAUAACCUUCUGUGUUUACAUUGCACUUAUGUAUUUUUAUGUUCUCGGAGUAUAGGAAAGUGUUAGUGUUGUUUAGAAUCCAAAUUUUACAGUGUUUUUUGGUCAGGAAUAUUAACUUAUUCAUAGGAUAGAUCCAGCGGGAACAUCUAAAGUACAGUAAAACUCACAUAACUCGGAUCAGUCAGGACUGUAAACAUUUAAAAUGUCUUGCGUUGAAGUCCAAGUUGCAGGCAAACAGUUUAAGUUGUAGAAAAUCUGAUUUAAUCAAUAAUCUACACUGCGCAUGAGUAACUUAAUGCAGCGGUAAGCCCACAUGCAAUGACGGGUCAAGACUGCAUUUCCCGCGAUUUAAUGCAUCCUCGGCCGUCAACGCAAGCGUUGGAAUCGCAUUGAAUCUCGGGAAAUUAAAUUCUGCGCAUGCGUCGAUGGAUCAAGACUGUGUUUCCCGCGAUUCAAUGCGGCCGGACAGUAAAUGCGCACGGGUUGACGGGUGAGAACGUCAUUUCCAACGAUUCAAUGCGGCGAUACGAAUUGGGAGGUGAUUAAUACGAGAUGUGCGAAGGAAUCAAAGUGGUUUUGAUAGGAAACUGAAUGGGGCUCGGGUGAAUAUAAGUGCUCAUGCUACUCUGCGUGAAGGGCGCCGCUAUAUAAAUGCAAGUUGUUGUUGCUGUAUAUACGACUUAGAUGAUUAUAAGAUUUAUAAAGAUAAGACUUGUGCGUGUUUUACUGUAUUAUCUAAGGCUUGAGUGAAAAUGGCAUCUACAGGCUCCUAAAAACUACUAAAAUACCUGUUAAAAAAUUGACAACUAGAAAUCCAUCCAUGUCCACUGCUCUGUAACUGUGUUUUAUAAUCAUUUUCAAAAUGAAAUAUUUCAACCACAGAAUUUUAUCAUCACUUGUCACGAACCUAUCACUUGUCAAUAUUUAACCCUAAGUUCAGACUUUCUCUUGUGCUAUGGGGACCCUCCUAAGUUUUCAGCACCUUUCUUCACCUCAUCCAAACAACGCCCCAGUCUCCUAAAUCCUUUGCUAAACAGUGUAUUAAAAUCCGGAACAGUGGAAAAGCUGUAGUAGUUAUACUGUGCUAAGAAAAUGUGAAGAGCCUUAAGCUGCUGGACAUCCUGACCCGAGAUAAAUAAGCCAAAAACUUGCUAAAGAACGAGACUCGAAGAAAUAAUGCUUUAAAAAAAAAGUCAAAGCAUACUUACUAUGUAGUUUAAAGUAAUUUUGUACAGUAGUGUAAAGAGAACUUGUGGUCUCUGUAAAAUAAGGUCAAUUUACUGUGUAAUGAAUAAUAAAAUUCACAACCACACAAA